UGCUCUGUAAUAUGCCAUCGCCAUGCAAUAAAAAAACAAUGCAUCUUUAAUUGUAUUCUGCCUAAUACAAUAAUAAUAUGAUUUUAAUAUCUUAUCAAAGUAGUGCGCUACUGCUAAGAUAAGAGCUAUAUAUAAAACUCACCACGUCUCCAUUGCUUCUCUACAUACUCCAUUUUUGUGUAGGAAAUACACCACCAGUCCAAAACUAUAUAUCCAUGAUCAGUUUGACAUGGAACUACAAAUUGAAUCAGCGAUUGAGCUUCUCCUCGUGGCCAUUUUGACAUCUCUGGCGUGGACCUCACGUGCCGCCGAUGCGCCACCGCUUGGGCUUGGCCUCAAUUUCAAAGCCUCUCCCAAUCCGGACGUCUCCUAUUUCCAGCCUCUGCUCAACGAUUCAUCCGCCACCUACUCACUGGGUUUCCUCCGAGUCAACCAGGGCGAGCUCAGCCUCUCGAUCCUCCACGUGGCGUCCUCCGUCCCCCUCUGGUCGGCCGCCCCGACCCGAUCGCCCAGAUGGGCCAACCCGACCCACCUCCUCUUCAACGGCAGCCUCGUUCUCUCCGAUCCCCACACAGGGGUAUAUUGGUCAACACACACCUCCGGCAACCGCGUCUGGCUCUCAAACACGUCCAAUCUCGUAAUCGACGACGCAUCAGCGGUGCUGUGGCAGAGCUUCGACUUCCCCUCCGACACACUCGUCGAGAAUCAGAAUUUCACCACCGCCAUGGCGCUCAUCUCUUCGAAUGGGCUCUACUCCAUGCGAUUGGGCCCCGAUUACAUGGGCCUAUUCGCCAAAUUCUCCGAUUCGGAUCAGAUUUACUUGAAACACACCGCGCUGCAGGCCAAAGCGGAUGUCGUCCCGGGUCGACCCAUUUACAUGGUGCUCGAAUCCGACGGCUAUUUGGGCAUGUACCAAAACGGGUCACUACCGCCCGUCGAUGUGCAGUCCUUCAACACAUUUCAGCAGAAUGUGUCGGGUAUCCGCCGGGUCAGGAUCGAACCGGAUGGGAACCUCAAAGGCUACUACUGGACCGGGUCGGGUUGGGUACUGGAUUACCAAGCAAUAUCCGAACCGUGCGACCUACCCAGCGCUUGCGGGUCAUACGGUUUAUGCGAACCGGGCAAGGACUGCUCCUGCCUCGACAAUCGGACGAUUCACGGCUCCGGCGGCUGCGUGUCGCCGCAUAUUAAGAAAUCCGGCGACUUCUGCGGCGGGUAUGAGAAUAACCGGUUCGGGGUGUUGAGAAGAACCGGGGUGGAAUUGCCGUAUAAAGAACUCAUGGGUUACAAGAGAACGGCGUCGUUUGAGGAGUGCGAGGGGUCGUGUGAAGGGAACUGCACGUGCUGGGGAGUGGUGUACAGUAACUCGUCUGGAUUCUGCUACAUGCUAGAUUAUCCCAUUGAGACGCUGGUGGCGGUGAGGGAUGAGGGAAAGCUGGGGUAUUUUAAGGUGCGGGAGGGUGCAGGGAAGAAGAAGGUGGGGGCGUGGGUGGGGCUGCUUGUUGGGGCAGUUUUGGCAUUAGCGGGAGUUGUGGGGCUGUGGUGGUAUAAGUUGAGAAAUAGAGGGGUGAAAGGAUAUGGAGAGGAUGAAGGUGGGGUGGGGGUGGGGCCCUACAAAGAUUUGGGGGCAGCAAGUUUUAGGUCAAUUCAAUUAUGUGAGAGAUGAUGACGUAAGGGAUGACGACACGACUAACAUUAUUUGUUUUAGUGGUUGUUUGGAUAAAUAUCCACUUGAUUUUCCAUUAUUCACUUUGUAUAAAAUCAAGAUUUUGGCGCA